AUGAAGCUCAUCACUGUGACCUCGGCGCUCCUCGCGCUGGGCGAGAUGGCCUCGGCCAGCCUGUACCCCCGAUCCAACACGACGACGACGACGAUCCGCAACGCGACGUACGACUACAUCGUCGCCGGCGCCGGGACCGCUGGCAUCGUGGCCGCCGAACGCCUUGCCGCCUCGGGCCGCAGCGUGCUCCUCGUCGAGCGCGGCGGGCCGUCCCUCUACAUGUCGGGCUACCGCAAGACCAUGCCGUGGAACGACACCGUUACCAUGUACGACGUGCCCGGCAUGUCCGACUACACGGGUGCCGACCCGGACCUGCAAUACUGCCGGGACCUCGUCAUCGCCGCUGGCUGCAUGCUCGGCGGCUCGACCAUGCUCAACGCCCUCAUGUUCGUCCGGCCGCGCGCCGCCGACUUCGCCGGGUGGCCCGAGGAGUGGCGCUGGGAGAACGGCGUCGCGCUCGCGGCCGAGGAGUUUUACGAGCGUCUCCCGGGCACCAUCCUGGCAUCCGAGGACGGCAAGCGGUACGAUGACGGCGCGUACGAGAUCAUGUCGCGCUUCCUCGAUGCCAACGGCUGGAGUGAGCAAGACGCCUUGAACGAUGUCGAGGCAAAGGAGUUGAUGUACUCUCACCCCCCGUGGUCGAUCGCCCACGGCCUGCGUGACAGCCCCGUGCGAUCCAUCCUCCCCGACGCCGAGGCGCUGCCCAACUUCACCCUUGAGCUGCACGCCAAGGUCCUCCGCGCCGUGCGCGACGGCGGCCUCGUGACGGGCGUCGAGGUCGAGAACGACUCGGGCGCCCGGGAGAUCAUCAACCUGGCCAAGGGCGGAUCGCUCGUCCUCGCCGCCGGCUCCCACUCGACGCCCCGCGUGCUCUUCAACUCGGGUAUCGGCCCGGCCGCGCAGAUCGAGAUCGUCGCGGCCGGCACGACGGGCAUCACGCUGCCGCCCCGCGAGCAGUGGAUCGAGCUGCCCGUCGGCGAGAACCUCAAGGACCACGCCGUCGCGACCGUCGUCUUCCAGACCGAGAAGGACGCGCUCGUCGCCCUGCCGGACGCGGCGUGGACGGACCCGGGCCAAGAGUCGGUCGAGCUCUUCGCGCGCGGCAGCGGUCUGCUGGCGCAGUCGGGCCAGCGCCUCAACUUCUGGACCAGCGUCAACGCGACCGCUGACGGCGCCACACGCUACAUCCAGGGUACCGUCCGCGCGGACGCUAACGACACGAUCGGCGUCAAGGUGUACCUCACGCACGGCACGACCUCGGCCGGUACCGUCGGUAUCACGGCGGACGGCACGACCAACAUGACGCGCACGCCGCUCCUGCACACCGAGGGCGACCGCGAGGCGCUGACCAAGAUGGUCGACACGCUGCUGGGCUACGCCCGGCGGCCCGGCAGCAUCCUCAGCGUCGCCGGGAACGCGACGGCCGAGGCCAUCGUCGCCACGGCCGGCAGCGGCAGCCACUACCUCGGCACCGCCCAGAUGGGCGCCCGGAACGACGGGAACAGCGUUGUCGACCCGGACACCAGGGUCUGGGGCACCGAGAACCUGUUCGUCGUGGACGGCAGCAUCCACCCCGAGGUGCCGACGGGCAACACGCAGGCGCCCAUCAUGGUGGCUGCUGCGUUUGCCGCCAAGAGAAUACUGGCUCUGAAUGCUCACUGA